AUGCCGUGCCGCUCCUUCCUCCGUGCCGCGCCGCCCUUGCCGGGGUCCGGCCUAUCCUUUGCCGCGUUCAACAUCCAAAACUACGGGAGGACCAAAGACCAGCGUCCCGUCACGAGGGAGGUCACGGCGGAAAUCAUCGGCCGGUAUGAUAUUCUGGGCAUGGAGGAGCUCUCGCAAAAGCCGCCCGACGCGGAGACGUGCCAGCCAGACGGGACGGGCUGCGGCGGGCCGCAGCACACCGACGAGUCCAACGAUGAGCAGUACACGCUCUUUUACGACCGCGCCAAGGCGUCCUUCGUCGAGGGCGACGAGUAUCCAGACACCAACGGCUACUACGCGCGUACCUACGUUAGUGGCGAGACGCACAAUCGCAUCCCAUACGCCUUUCUGCUCAGGGUGCCGAGCGGCGCGGGGGCUGACUGCGCCGCUGGCGUGUCCUGCGACGCCACGUUCGCCAUCGCGCUGACGCACACCAACCCUGACCGUGCAGAGGAGGAGAUCCGCAACUUUGGAAACGUGCUGUCAUGGAUGGAGGGCCGCUUUGGCGCCGAUUUCAACAUGAUCGCAGGCUUGCCCCACUACCUUGUGUGGGACUACAACUCGGACUGCAACUACUUUGACGAGGCGCUCUGGCCCGAGAUCCUCGCCACCAUGCCGGGGUACAAGAUGAUCGUCCCAAACAACCUCGACACGACGGUCGCCGCUUCGUGUGACCCCAACACCUACGACCGCAUGAUUGUGUCGGAGUCGGCACCCAACAUCGCAGACGCGGAGGUCUUCCGCAUCGAAGUCGAGAUGCCGGACGAGGUGAUCCGAGUCUGGGAAGAGGGCUGCAGCAGUACAUGCGCCAAGUGCCCCUACUCGACGUCGGCCGCGUGGACGGCGACGUGCGGCACGGCUCCGAACGACAUCGACUGGGGCACGCCCAGCGGCCAGCUACACGACGUCCUUGGCGACGCCGCGAUGGUUAACCCUCGGUCGAAGCAUGCUACAAGACACAAAUUCCUACUCAAACGUUUGAUCAAAUGCCUCCGCUCGGCGUGGGGCAUGAUCAUCGAGAUGGAGCCAACUGCACACCUCAGUUACAGUAAUCCAAAACAACCUGACGUGGCGGCGGCAAACAUCGGCAGGGGGCACAGGCGCCUUGUUGCCGAUCUGAAGCUCACGAGCUCGCUUGCGAGCAAGGGCAAGGACGCGGCCGGCGAUUUAUAG